AGUCAAUCGAUGAAUUUUGCAUGGUUAUAAGAAAGAGUCAUCCUGAAGAACCAACAACAGUUAACCUGCUCUUCUCAAUUUUCAACGUACCAUUGACCCCCUCAACAUGUCUCUCAACUACACCCUCCUAGACGUUUUCACCACCACCCGCUUCCAGGGCAACCCGCUAGCCAUCGUGCGCGUCCCCGCCAACCAGCAACCGCCUCUCACGCAAGAGCUGAAACAGAAAAUCGCCAUUGAAUUCAACCUCUCGGAAACCAUCUUCCUCCACGAGCCCGCAGAAACCGAUGGCAGUAACCUCCCAAUCGACACCCUCGCCAUCGAUACCUUCACCCCGGAAUGCGAGCUCCCCUUCGCCGGCCAUCCCACCAUCGGCACCGCCACCUACAUCUUCCAGAACUACCCCGCCGCCAUCGCAGAGAACCUGAAAGCCCUGCAAACCAACCGCGCAGGCACUAUCGCCGUCUCCCGCGAUCCCCAGACCGGACUCGUCCGCGCCGCGCUCCCGAUUGACUUCCACCUGCACCAGGCGCAGAUCUCAUCGACCACUACCCCGAAAGCCCCGGGGCCGUUCCCCGUCGUGUCUAUCGCCAAGGGUCUGUCGUUUGUGCUGGCGGAGCUCCCGGACACGGACGCGCUGGGGGCGGUGCAGGCGAGUGUGUUGGAGGCGUGCGUGAACCCCCGCAUGUUGGAUGAGGGGUGGAAUGAGGGAUUGAUCGGGACGAAGUAUUUUGUGGAUCUCGGGAGGGAUGAGGCUGGGUGUCGGCAGCUGCGGACGAGGAUGUUUAUCUCGUUUGAGGAUCCCGGCACGGGGAGUGCGUCGACGGCGCUGGCGUGUUUGUUGGCGUUGCGGGAGCCGAGGGAAUUGGGGGCUGGGCCGUUCGAGUUUCAUGUUGUGCAGGGGGUGGAGAUGGGGAGGAGGAAUGAUAUCUUUGUGAGGGUCAGGAGGAGUGAGGAUGGGAGUGAGGUGGUGGAGGCUUUGUUGCAGGGGAGGGCGAUUGUGGUCGGGGAGGGGAGGAUUAUGCUUUAGUUGAAUACUUGUGAGGAGAACGUAGAUGGCGUAUAUUGGUUCUCAUGUAGGAAGCUAGCUCAUAAUUCAACCGAUCCAAUACUUCAAUGUACAUAUACGAGAAGAGCG